AUUUAAUUCAUUAGUCAGCAUCAUCAAGACAACAUACUUCGGUGAUGUAACCUGCUGCGUUUGUUUCACAGUCGAGUAAGAAAUUUCCUUUUUACAUCAUGCCACUGGCGGUAAAGGAUUAUACAUGGGACGAAACAGAAACUACUGUUCACAUAGUAGUGCCAUUAAAAGGCGUCAAGGCCAACAAAGUUGACAUUUUUUCCACAGACGAGUAUAUCAAGGUUAGUUUCCCUCCUUAUAUAUUUGAAGUUGCUCUCUUUGAGCCAGUUGAUGAUGGGAAAGGCUCAGCUCAAGUUGGUAACGGUGCCAUCAAAUUUGAUUUAGUCAAACAGGAACCAAGAAUAUGGACACGACUUACAUCAGUACAAUCAGGUGACAAAGAUGUCAUGAAAAGUAAAAGACAGGCUGCUGUAGAAGCUGCGCAUGCCAGGGCUGAGCAGGAAAAAAAUGACAAAGCUGUUAAGAAACGUGAAGCUGAAAGAUACUCUGUUAAGCAACAGAUGGAGCUUGAAGCACAAGAAAAACAAAAGUGGAUGAAGCGAUUGAUAUGGAAAGAACCCAGGCCAUGGCUGAGUUGGAAGAAUGGAAGGAAACAACAAUCUGAAGAACUUGCAAAUGAAGUUGAAGUCAGUGAUGAUGAUAAUGAAGACAGUGAUAAAAACAUUUUUAAUGAAGCUGGCAUAGUAGCAUAUGAGACGGACAUUUCAAGGGAGCCCCCAUCAGUUGCACCCAGAUGCAUACCAGGUUCUGAAAAGACCGGUAAGGCACCUACCCCGGCACCAAGAACAAAAGGAUCGAUUGAAAUCAAAUUUACACCUCGUGUAUUCCCAACUCCACAACGUGAAUCACGAAAAGCAGAUGAAGAUACGUGGUUAAAGAAGCAGGCUGAAGCAAGGCGUGUCAUUGGAGUUGAGGAUCCUGAUCUGACUGAAGAAGAAAAAAAUCCAGAUUUUUUGAAAGAUAAAGGAGAUAAAUUUUACCAGAAUGGCAAUUAUUUAGCAGCGGUAAAUGCAUACAACCAGGCUCUAAAGCUGAAUGGAAAACUACAUGCAAUAUUUUCCAAUAGAGCUGCCUGUCAUCUUCAGAUUGGAAAUUUAAUGAAAUGUAUAGAAGAUUGUUCAAAGGCAAUUGAAUUGUUGACGCCCCCUGUAGAAGCUAAUGCAAACUCCCGUCUGAAAGCGCAUAUAAGAAGAGGCACAGCAUUCUGUAGGCUUGAACUUUAUGUGGAAGGUCUGAUGGACUACGAUGCUGCGCUGAAAAUUAGUCCUGACAAUCCAAAGCUGAUUGCCGAUGCCAACAAAAUGAGAACAAUUAUCCAGAGUUCUAAUGAAGCAGGUUAUGAAGAUGAUGUUGAUGAGUCAAGUUGACAUCGUGAAUUUCAAUAUAGUUAAUUUUGUACCAAUUUCAUCGUUUGUCUGUCCAAUGAUAAUCGUGUACUCAAAUGUCAUCAAUUGAAUGUGAAAGUAUCCAUCCAGCAAUGCCAGUCAAUGUGUAUAGAUAUAAACUGAUCAUAUCAGUUACUGUUGAGGUGCCUACUUGCCGCUAACUGUGCAUGUUGCCAAUGUUGUGAUGAGUGGCAAUGUCGCAAAUCUUUACAUAUAUGUGAAGAUGUAUUGAAGACAAGUUUUAUUUCCAUUACGGAAAUUACUGUAAACCACUUCAAUUUUGCAAAAUAGUGACAAUUGGAAAAGUUUGGAUACUAUAGACUAUAGCGGCUUUUGUGAAAUGUUCUCAAGAACGCUUGAAUAUCACUAAAUCAUGAACAUUUGCUAGUAUCGAAAAUGAAAUGGCUUACAGUGGUACCAUACUCGAAUACAGUAUUACUUGCAUGUUAUUAAUUAAUUAACUUUAUGCUAAAGCAGUCACUGUGGUGUUGUCAUCUGCACGCAUACACAGGAAUUGAGUCCUGUGUGAAAAUAAAAACACACACUAAAAAUGCAAAUGCUCAUGAGUAGAUGCUUGUUUUUUAAACAAAGACAUGCUAUGCCCAUCUGCUGUGUGCACCGAUGACAACUCCCACGCGUUGACUUAUUCUGCACAUUCACUUUGUCUGUAUUGUCCAAAAUAUGAAAA